AUGGACGAAGUACCAUCUGCUGAGUUCCUCCAUAUCCUUCGUCUCUCACUGAAGUCGUCCACCGACCUCCUCAGAACACUCGAAGUCCCUCCUCAAGCGCCGUCCCCGGGCCAUGUCCGCGAGAUCAUCGAGGCCAUUCUCUGGCAUCGGAAGUUCGUCUUGACCUAUUAUGGUGUCAUUGCACUUCUCGUUGCGCUUUCAGGUGGCUACGGACUGUACAAGAGAUCGGCUCGGUGGGCCCGGCAUAGACAAAGAAGAAAUGAGGCUGUUCCGGAUACGCCGUCAUCAUCAAGUAGUACAUUGGGAGGUACCGUAACACCUCCCCAGAAGGACAGCGCUGCGGAAACAACACCUCUACUUUCCCAGCAUGGUUUUUCUACCCGAGAACGUCCUGCUCCGCUGAGCAGGCUGCGAAGUCUUCUCAUGUACCAGCCUCGGCCGACUCGAGCCCUGACCUCGCAACGAAACGUUUUACCAGACAACGGAACCACCCUGAUCGUUGUUUUCUUUUUUGGCCUUAACCUGUUCUACCUUCUCUACCGAGUACCGUUAUCCGAGACAGGUGUUUUUAUUCUUGCUGAUCGAGCGGGUCUCCUCUUCGUCGUCGAUUUGCCUGUCCUCUACUUGCUCGCAGCGAAAACCAACCAACCCAUCAAAGCCUUGACAGGAUGGUCCUACGAAGGGUUGAAUAUAUUCCAUCGACGACUGGGAGAGUGGAUGAUAGGUUUUGCCAUCAUACACAUGCUUGGGAUGUUUGCCACCUGGUACGCCCUCUUACGACCUAUUGGAUAUACCCUCUUGCGUUAUCUUACCGCCCGAGUCGUGUUUCUGGGCAUUGCGGCGAUUCUUUCUUACUUCAUUAUAUUCUUUACAAGCAUCGGCUGGUUCCGACACCUAUACUACGAAGUGUUCUUGGGUUUGCACAUAAUCUUUCAGGUGGCCGCUCUGGGGUUUUUGUUUUUCCAUUACCCAACCGCAACGCCGUACGUGAUCGCCACAUUUGCGAUUUGGGCGGUCGAUAGACUCUUGUGGCGGAUUUCCCUGUCAAGCCGAAGAGUCAUGGCUACUUUGGAAGUGGCUCCAGAUGAGCAGACUAUUCUGGUUCAUUGCGAGAUAGACAUACAGAAGAAGAUCUUCGGCAUGGGCGCACACCUUCACCAUGGCUGGCUUCCUGGACAGCACGUCUUUCUCACCAUUCCAUCCAUGGGCUUCAAAUAUCGCUUCCAGACGCACCCGUUUACAAUCGCAUCGCCCGCCCCCCCAAGAAACCCGACUGUUAAAUCCUGGCCGCUUCAACUGGUCAUACGGUCGAUUGAUGGCUUCUCUCAUGAUUUACUCAAGUUCGCCCGCCAUCACCACCAUUGCGACGUCAUCCUCGAUGGGCCUCAUGGGGGAGUCGAAGCGCUAGAAGCUGCCCAUUACGCCGAACGCGUCUGCUUCGUAGCUGGAGGAAGUGGCAUUGCUGUCACAUAUCCCCUUGCUUGGGAUGUACGGGUUAAACUUGAGCUGCAAGCGGAUGCCUUGGUUCGCACGAGGGCUGUAUACGAGGGAGGUGCGGAAACAGUCCCAGCAGUUACGGAUCGUGGUUCAUUGGCUCAACCCUCUGCGUACACCCAUUUCUGGGUGCGACAAGACCCGCGUCACAGGAAAUGGAUUACCAUGUUUCCUCGGGCCGACACUGUCAAGGGCGAUCACGGCGAGGACAAGUACAUGGAGAAUCUCACCAAAGAGGAUGGCUACGAAGAUGUAGCAUCCAUUGUCACACACACUUUUGAUACGAGGAGAUCGGGUCCUGAAGGAGGAAGGCCGGACAUGCAGACUGAAAUCUGGAACUGGGUGACAGCUGUUCCGACGCAUAGAUCCUCUUCCUCCAGCACACUGUGUGGCCAGUCCCCGGACUCAGUCAUGACACGCCCUGGCUCCUCCUUGUCAUCAUCCAAUCUACGAGCCGCGAGUGAAUUUGACAAGCAGCCGCGUGACGAGAAGUUAUGCAUUGUUGUUUCCGGGCCUGAUGGAUUAGUCAGGGACGUCAGAAACGUCGCAGCGCGGCUGAUCCGUGAAGGCUGGAAUCUGGAAGUCUGGGUGGAGAAGUUUGGAUGGUAA